AUGAGUGCUCAAAAACAGAAUACAUGGUAUAAUGAUGAGGCAGGUCCAGAACUUAGUGGCUAUGGGGUCAAGAUAUGGGGUCAAGAUGGGUACAAGUUCAGCAGUACACUACCAGUUUCUUUGUCCCUACAUUUAAUUGUCAAGAGACAUUUACCCAAAGAUGCAACAAAAUGGCCUCAAGAUAAAAUCAUUGAAGAACUGAAUAAAAUCAAAAGAGUUCGCCUGGAUCGUGAAAAUAUUGGAAAGAUUGACAGUUUAGAACUUCUCAGUGCUGCUGUCAUAAAUUUAUAUCUUCAAUGUAAUGAAAUUAGGCACAUUGAAAACCUUGAAUGUUUGCCAAACUUACAGGUUUUAGUACUUUCAAACAAUAAGAUCACAAAAGUGGAAGGAAUACUUCAUUUACUGAAGUUAGUAUUUCUGGAUAUUUCUGAAAACUGUAUUGAUGUUGUCACAGGUGAUGAAUUUCCAAAGUCAUUAAUUAUUUUAAACCUUCAAGGAAACUCUUGUGUUGAAAAACCAACCUACAGAGCCAGUUUGAUACAAGCCUUACCAAAACUGAAGCAACUCGAUGGUGUUGAUAUUUCUUAUAAUGGAAACAUGUAUGCUGGCACUGAUGGGGAAUUGGAGGAUAAUGGUGCAAAGGAGAAAGAUGAUGGCACAGUUCCCCCUGUUGAUCUUCAGUGUUUGGCAUAUAAGCAGCUUCCUCCAAUUAAAACCAGCAUCCAGGAUAUUGCUACAGAAAUGCUGCUUAGAUCACAGAAGAGGCUGGAGGACAGCGCUCGUGAACACAGGAGACAUAUUCAGGAGAUAACAAAUUUGAAAAUCAAAGCUAAACUAAGACCUAAUCUUCUGCCAUCUGGAGUCAAGAAAGUAAUAGAUUAA